AUGCCCGGAAUAUCUCCUGUCGUUCUGAUCCUCGGUGCAGGGCCUAAAGUCGGCCUGCCAACUGCGAAGGCCUUUGCCUCGAAAGGCUACAAGGUUGCAGUCGCAGCCCGGUCACUAAACGAGGCAGACAGCACAGACAGUCAGCUUAACAUCAAAAGCGACUUCGCCAACCCCGACGAUGUUGUUAAUGCCUUCGUAAAGGUUAAGAAGGAGCUGGGAAUUCCAAGCGUAGUAAUUUACAACGCCGGCGCCGCGACAUUCUUUCCCCCAAACGACCCGUUUGCGAUCCCGUUGGAUGCUUUCAAGCGAGGCAUGACCGUCAACAACACUAGUGUUUUUGUCGCUGCCCAGCAAGCAGUCCUCGGCUUCGCAGAGCUCCCUGCAGAUGCCCCAAGGGUAUUCGCGUUUACGGGCAACAUCCUAAACGUCAGGCCACUCCCGCAGUUCCUGGAAUCCGGCGCUGGAAAAUUUUACUAUGUUGACGAACGAAAGGUAGAUGGCUCGGCUGCUUUUAAGAUCGAUGGGGAGGCACAUGCAAAGCUCUUCUGCGAGCUCGCUGAGGCGAAGACGCAAGGUCCCUGGCUGCAAACCUUUGUCAAGGGCGCGGGAUAUAAGGACUUUGGCCCCUAUCAACUAUAGUGCUGUCGCAGGGCCGAG